GGCUGUGCUGCGCGGCGGCACCGGCGGCGGCACCGCGCCGAGCGGCAUGGCUAGCGCGGGCGGCCGCCUGCGGGUGCUGGUGGACAUGGACGGGGUCCUGGCCGACUUCGAGGGCGCGGUGCUGCGGGACUUCCGCGCCCGCUUUCCCGGGGAGCCGCGGGUGGAGCUGCCGGCGCGGCGGGGCUUCUCCGUGCGGGAGCAGUACCGGAGCCUGCGGGAAGACCUGGCGGAUAAGGUGGCCAGUGUCUAUGAAUCCCCUGGCUUCUUUCUAAGGUUGGAUCCAAUUCCAGGAGCCCUUGAGGCCAUGCAGGAGAUGAUCCACAUGCAGGACACCGAGGUCUUUAUCUGCACAAGUCCUCUCCGGAAAUAUGAGCACUGUGUUGUGGAAAAGUAUCAGUGGGUAGAGAAACACCUGGGACCCGAGUUCAUGGAGCGGAUUAUCCUAACCCGAGAUAAGACCAUCGUGGCUGCCGACUUACUAUUUGAUGACAAGGAUAUUAUCAGAGGUGCAGAGCCAAACCCAAGCUGGGAGCACAUCCUCUUCACCUGCUGCCACAACAGGCACAUCCAGCUGCAGGCACCACACCGGCGGCUGCUCUCCUGGGCAGAUGACUGGAAGGGCAUCUUGGAAAGCAAGCGCAGGCAGUGAUGCGGGGUGGGAAUGCUGUGCUCUUCCCACUGCUGGGGAGCAACCAGCUCAUCCACUGGCAAGGACAUCCACCUCAGGGGCAACAAGUGGUCACCCAGGCAGAGGCACCAGGAUGGGAGUCGGUUACAGUAAGAACUGAGCUGUCCACACUGCACAGCAGACUCCUCUCCAGCUUGAUUUCAGUUAAUUCAUCUCUGCAGAGUUUUGGAUGUUUGCUGUUGGUAGUAGAAACUGUAAAAUACAAGCAGAUGUGGGCUGUU